CACCGUGACAGCUAAAAUGGACAUAAAAUUCACGUGUUGCUUUGCUUUGUAAAUGCAAAACACGCGGCCGGUAAUCGUUUUUAUUUUUGUUUAGGCAAAUAUUUGUCUUAAACCUUUUAUUUUUUGUUUACCGGAAUGUUAAAAUGUCGGUGUGCAAUAUGUUGAUGGCACUCAAAGCGGUAGGCGCUGAAACAAAAACCCCUGAAUUAACAAAAUUGUGCGAGGAACUUCAGGAAUCAAUAAAUUCCAACACUUUUGAUAUUAAAAAUGCUGUCACACAGCUGUCAGAAUAUAUUCUCAAAAUCGAUGAUGCAAAACUGUUCAAGAAAUACUUAUCUAGUAUACUUCUUGCAUUGGUAUCUGCGAAGAUACCGCUAAAACCUGUAUUUUCUAACACUAAUUACGAAACAUGUAGUGACUCGGAAAAGAACUGUCACUUAGAAUAUUCAAUAAUACUAGCUGCGUUGAGUGAUCAUCCUGACAUUCUACAAUAUGCAUUAAAAUAUUUUGAAGUCAAUCCUGUAGCUCCAUUUGAAGUGUUUUGCCACCAUGAAGACUCUUACAAUGUGGCUCCCAAGAAGCGAAGAUUGCUUGACUGCGGACAAAAAAUUGCUGAAAAGCAAAUCAUUAUAUGCUGCUAUACAUUGCUUAAGAAAUUACCAAAUGAAAUGUCCGUAAAAUGGGACUGGACAAAGUUUGUUGGGACAUAUGGUAACCAUGGACGGGCGGAUGUGCGAUGGAUGAUACGGGAAUGCAUGGCAAUCCUAGCAAACAUGACAGACACACAGCAAAUGGUAUUCUCAGUUAAAAUGUUAGUACAAGAAUAUGAGUGUCAUGAAAUAUUAGAAAAAGGUAUAAUGGACCCCGUUCAUACAAUGGAUGAAAUAGUGAAAGAUGAUCUAAGCCCCAAUGUGGUUAAUAUUGAUGGCAUACUGUUACCUAUUUUUGAAAAGGAUAAUGUCCAGAAAGGCAAUCUGGUUCCGGUGAAAUCUACAGUCAAUAAUCUCAGAAGUUUAGCUUUGGCCGUUGCUUCAGGGCAAGCCCUAAGUCUUAUGGGCCCGGUAGGAUCAGGAAAGACUUCCCUCGUAGAACAUUUGGCUGCUAUCACAGGCCGCAAGGGUGUGGCCUUCAAGAAGGUGCAGCUCGGAGACCAGACGGACUCCCGUAUGUUAUUAGGAUCACAUCAAUGUACUGACAUUCCUGGAGAAUUUGUGUGGAGACCUGGCGUUUUGACUGAGGCCGUACAAAAUGGACACUGGCUCCUCUUAGAGGACAUAGACUGCGCAGCAUUAGAUGUAGCAUCGACCCUCAGUUCCCUUCUAGAAAGAAACGCACUAUGCGUACCUGGCUAUCGAGAUUCAUUGCCAGUAACUCCAGGGUUUCAACUAUUCGUCACACAACGAACUUUGACAACUAAUUAUGGGUUCCAAAAGAAAAUGUCCAACUCUAGUACAUUGCUUCAAAAGCAUUUGACACAAAUUAAUGUUGAACCCUUAUCACGGUCUGAACUCGCAGAGAUAAUACAAGCUCUGUACCCGGCUCUUACAACGAUAUGUUCUAGAAUGAUCGAAGUAUUCAUGAUGUUCUCAGUAGGCAGUCAUGACACAUCCCUUCAAACUACUGAAGUAGUGGAUAGCGAUAAAGAAAAGAAUUUAAUUCUAUUGCGAGGGUCAAGACUGAUAUCGACAAGAGACUUGCUGAAGUGGUGCUCUAGAGCUGUAGUCGGCUUCGAUGUGUCCAGUCCUGAGUCAGCACUCAAAGUCCUGCAGGAUGCUUUAGAUAUUUUCACCUGUUCCGUAUCUUCACCUGAACACAGACUAGAAUUGUCCAAGAAAAUUGGCCUGUGCCUCGGAAUAGUGGAAGCAAAAUCGGAAUUCUACUGCAAACAUUACAAGCCAAAUGUAUCACUUACUGCGAAUUUCUUAGAAGUGGGCAGGUCGAAGGUGCCAAGAGUAGAGAAGAGCUUAGAAACAAUAGAUUUUGAUACUAAACAGACUGUGUUUUCGUUUACACGACAGUCAGCUUGCUUGCUGGAGCGAAUCGCUUGUUGCGUGACGUCCAAUGAACCUGUCCUGCUUGUUGGUGAGACGGGUACUGGUAAAACUUCUUCAGUGCAAUACAUAGCGAGACAAACAGGGAACAAACUUGUAGUCAUAAACAUGAACCAGCAAUCAGACUCGGCAGACUUACUUGGAGGCUACAAACCCGUCGACCUAAAAUACGUAAUCCGGCCUAUAAGGCUCCAUUUUGAGGAGCUCUUCCGUAAUUACUAUAAUGUUGACAAAAACAAGAAGUUUUUGGGUCACAUCGAAACUUGUUAUGAGACAGAAAAUUGGACCGCUUUACUGGCGUUGAUGAAACAGAGCCAAAAAGCUGCGGUUGGCAGGCUGACGAUAGAAAAGUCUGAUAAGUUGAAUGAAUGGGUAGCUCUUGGCGUAAAGCUGCAGAAAUUGGAGCAGCAAAUUAAGGCAGCAUCGAAGUUGACCUUCGCUUUUAUCGAAGGGUCGCUUGUCAAAGCAAUGCAAGAAGGCCAUUGGGUUUUGCUGGACGAAAUCAAUUUGGCUUCUGCGGAAAUUUUGGAAUGCUUAGCUGGGUUAUUGGAAGACAAAAAUGAGACGAUAGAUUUGUUGGAAAAGGGGGAUAAGGUGCCCAUAAAGCGGCAUCCUAACUUCACUCUGUUCGCUUGUAUGAACCCUGCUACUGAUGUUGGCAAAAAGGAUUUACCUGCCGGUCUUAGAAACCGUUUUACAGAGUUCUUUAUCGAUGAGUUGAAUGAGCGGAAUGACUUGAUGCUGCUCAUUGGUGAUUAUUUGUACCACAUGAAUCUAGGUGGUGGAGUUUUGGAAGCUAUAUACACUUUCUACGCCAGUAUUAAGAAGGAAGCUAAAUUGAGCCUUGUGGAUGGAUCAGGCAAUACUCCACACUAUUCUCUUAGGACAUUAUGCAGAGCUCUAACGGCUGCAGCCAAAGCAAGAUGUGGAACGGUAUCCAGAUCUCUUUACGAAGCAUUCUGCUUAUCUUUCCUUACCCAGUUGGACAGUUCGUCACAUCCGAAAGUAGAAGCUAUGAUUGCCAAGGCUGUCAUCGGUAAAAAGAAUGUCAAAUCAGUUACCAACCAACUCAUUCCCGAGCCACAAGUCCAAGGUCAAAAUUAUUUGCUCUUCGAAGGUCAUUGGAUCCCUCAGGGCAAAUUAGAAAUAGCUAUCCCAGAAGGAUAUAUCCUUACUCCAACAGUUAGAAAGAACCUUCGCGAUAUAGCUCGAAUUAUUUCCCUUGGUCGAUUACCCAUAUUGCUGCAAGGAGACACCUCCGUAGGCAAAACGUCCCUCAUCACAUACAUAGCUAAAGCAUCCGGAAAUUAUUGCGUCAGAAUAAAUAACCACGAACAUACUGACCUUCAAGAGUAUAUAGGAUCUUACGCUACAGACUCCAAUGGCAAACUAGUAUUCAAAGAAGGCGUUCUAGUCGAAGCCAUGAGGAAAGGAUAUUGGAUUAUCCUAGACGAGCUCAAUUUAGCUCCAAGUGACGUUUUAGAAGCUCUAAAUCGAGUCUUAGAUGACAAUAGAGAAUUAUUCAUACCAGAAACUCAACAGGUCGUUAAAGCGGAUCCUAAUUUCAUGUUAUUCGCUACCCAAAAUCCUCCAGGCUUGUAUGGAGGUCGUAAAAUGCUGUCCAGGGCGUUUAGAAAUAGAUUUGUAGAGUUACACUUCGAUGAGAUACCAAAGAAAGAAUUGGAAACUAUACUGCACCAAAGAUGUCAUGUUCCUCCAGCUUAUAGUAAGAAAAUGAUAGCGGUUAUGGCGGACCUUCAAAUUAGGCGUCGAGGUUCCGCAGCCGUUCAGGGCAAAGAUGGAUUCAUCACACUGAGAGACUUGUUCCGAUGGGGCCAACGAUACAAGUGUGCCUCAAAGGAAUCUUUGACUGACGAUAAAUUUUACGAUUGGGACCAACACAUAGCUGACGAAGGGUACCUCAUCUUAGCUGGAAAAGUACGUCAGACAGACGAGAGAUCGAUUAUAGAGGAAGUUAUAGAGAAACAUAUUAAAAGGAAGGUCAACCCUGACAAUCUGUUUACUCUACACCCGGUAACAUCUCCCGUUACCAAGUCAAUCUUGGAGACUAUUCUGAAUAAUCAACUUGAAGAGUUCUCUCACGUUGUCUGGACGUACAAUAUGAGAAGACUUGCAGUCCUGAUAGCAAAAUCUUUCAGUUUCGAUGAGCCGGUCCUGCUGGUUGGUGAAACUGGUUGUGGAAAGACAACCAUAUGCCAAGUCCUGGCAGCUCUCAAAAAACGUCAGUUGCUCUCAGUUAAUUGUCACAUGCACACAGAAAGCUCAGAUUUCCUAGGAGGCCUCCGUCCUGUACGACAGUACCAAAACGAUGGUAGAUUGUUUGAAUGGGUCGAUGGACCAUUAAUUAAGGCUAUGGAGACAGGAAACAUGUUCCUAGCUGACGAAAUAUCCCUAGCUGAUGAUAGUGUUUUGGAGAGAAUGAACUCAUUACUGGAGCCUGAAAGGCAGUUAGUGCUCGCUGAACGAGGCAUGGAGAACAAUUCUGACAUCGUUGUCAUCACAGCGAAUAAGAACUUCCAUUUUAUCGGAACUAUGAAUCCUGGAGGAGAUUUCGGUAAGAAAGAGCUGUCACCCGCUCUUCGUAACCGAUUUACCGAAAUUUGGUGCGACAGCGUCACAUCCAGGGAAGACUUGUUGAAAGUCCUCGAAAAGAGCGUCCAUAAAGGAGUGUCCCUUGGCAAUCAAGAAGAUGGUAGCUCAGGUAUCGGUACUUCUAUCUUAAACUUCACCGAUUGGUUGAAGAACUCUGAAGUAACCAACAAAUUCCCAUUCAGUAUCCGCGAUUUAUUGUCAUGGGUCAAUUUCAUUAAUACAACAGUUGCAAAAGGCCUUUUGGACACUCCAGAAGCGUACGUCCAUGGCGCUUGUAUGACGUUCUUGGAUUGUUUCGGAACAGCGUUAACAGGCCACAUUGACUCCGAAACACUAGUUUUACUUCGAAAGAAUGCCAUCAAUCUGUUAUUGGAACAAAUUAAAUCAAGUGGAAGUGAAUACAUGGAAGGUCUGCGAGAAAUGUUGAGUAAUAGACAGACCAACUUCGUCGCAGAAAGUGGUCCCGAAAAGUUCGGGAUCAAGCCAUUUUAUAUUGAAGUUGGACAAGGAAAUACUGAGGGAGAACAAAACUUCACGUUCACGGCUCCAACAACUGGUGCCAAUACUUUGAGACUGUUACGUGGACUGCAGCUGAAUAAAGCCAUACUUCUAGAAGGAAACCCUGGAGUUGGCAAGACCAGCUUAGUGACUGCACUUGCAAAAUCCUCUGGACAUAAAGUGGUUCGGAUCAAUUUGAGUGACCAAACUGAUAUUACAGACUUAUUCGGAACGGAUCUCCCAACAGAGGAUGGGUCUUUCAUGUUCAAAGAAGGCGCUUUCUUGAGCGCGCUGCAAAAUGGUGACUGGAUUCUUUUAGACGAGUUGAAUUUAGCUCCACAGCCUGUCCUCGAAGGUCUGAAUGCUUGCCUGGAUCACAGAGGUGAAGUAUUUAUUCCUGAAUUGGGUAGAACCUUCAAGGUCAAAGAUCAAACCAGACUAUUCGCCUGCCAAAAUCCUUUGAAGCAAGGGGGAGCGCGCAGAGGUCUACCCGUCUCCUUCUUGAACCGAUUUACUCAAGUUUACAUCGAUACGUUGACUAAAGAAGAUUUAAUAUACAUCGUAGAGUCACAGUACUCAUCUAUACCUAAAGAUAUUCUACACAAGAUAGUAGAAUUUAAUUGCAAAGUAGCUCAUGAAGUUACAGAGAUUCAAUCGUGGGGCCACAGAGGAGCUCCUUGGGAAAUGAACUUGAGAGACAUACAGCGGUGGUGCGAGGCCAUUAUAUUAGACGAGAAAGAACGAGAUAUCCUGUCCCCGGGAAAAUUCGUUGACAUGCUCUACGUGAACCGUAUGAGAACUCAAGAAGAUAAAGAAAAAAUGAUCGAAGCCUACGAUAAAAUAUUCCUUCCUGACUACCCGAGAAGUGAUCCCACGCCACAGUUCUAUGUUAGCCUUCCAAGCGUAGUAUUUGGAGACGUUGUUUUAAACAGAAAAGAUCAAAAAGAGUUCAAAAACCGUCGAUCUUUUGACACGAAUUUGCUUGUGCUUCGAAGUCAACUGCCUACUUUGAAAGCGGUGGCCCAAAGUAUCAAGAUGAAUUGGUUGACAAUUUUAGUUGGACCUACAGCCACAGGCAAAAGUAGUAUUGUGCAAGUAUUAGCAGACUUGACAGGGAAUGAACUGCAAGUUAUACCAGUGACAUCGGCAAUGGACGUUUCUGACCUGCUCGGUGGUUUCGAACAAGUCGAUUUUAAUAGAAAUUUGGAGAAUUUAUUCGAAAAAAUUGAGACUCUUACGUUACAAACGAUUAGAAACAUGUGGAUCAUGCAAAGAGCUUUUGAAUGGAAAAACAAUCGCUUACUUACUGAACUACAUGAGUACCAAAAGCUAAACAAGAACACUAGUAAUGAAAUAUCAGAGGACAAUACAGCGAAGUUCAACCAGAAGAUUGAGUUUCUUAUCGCCCAUUGUGAGAAAUUGAUACAAAACAAUGAACGUCAAGAUCAAGUUCUCAAGAGAUUACAUGACAUCGUGAAUAGUUUGAAGAAACUGCAGAACAAAGUGUCACAGGCAUCAUCAGUAAAUGCUGGUGGAAAGUUCGAGUUCGUGGACUCUUUGCUUGUGAAAACUAUGAUCGAAGGUUCAUGGUUACUCCUUGACAAUGUAAAUCUUACAUCUGCAGCCGUUCUUGACAGACUCAACGGUUUAUUAGAACCGAAUGGAGUACUAAGCAUUCCCGAAAGAGGAGAGUUUAGCGAAAUAAAACCUCAUCCGAAUUUCCGAGUGUUUUUCACCAUGGAUCCGAAGUAUGGGGAGAUUUCAAGGGCUAUGAGGAACCGAGGUGUAGAGAUAUCUCUUCUAAGACCAGAUGAGUUACAGAAUUCGUAUGUGUCUGAAACUGAGAACUUAUUGGAUUUGACUGCUCUGCUGUCUUCCUGUGGACUGCCUACUAAAUACCAUGACUUGUGCAUUAAAUGUCAUGAGCUAAUGCAGUCAUUUGUUGAAGGUCUCGACCGUCCAACCAUUUCCCAUCUGUUACAAGCAGCUCACUUGACAUGGCAACAGUUACUCCGUGGUAUUUCAGCGACCACAGCCAUCGUCAGCAGUUUCUCUGACGUAUACAUCAAACCACGAUGCGGCGCCGAUUUCGCGUCAAACGUGAACGCCUCACUCGCCGAAAUGAAAAACUCCAUGUUGAAGGCCCUGGAAGAAGAAGUAAAUGGAGAGAAAUUAGGGGAUACAGCCAUCGUACACGCAGAUACAUUCCACACUACUAGCGUAAAAGGUUUCUGUAGAAACACUCCAGUUGAAAUCGCUAAACAACUCUGCUAUAUUGCUGUACAAGAAACUAAGAAUUCCACAAUAGAAUCACCCCUACACGUCAUGUUUGGCUUAUACUCAGUAUACCAAAGAGUGCACCCAACUUAUUUUACUUCUACAUACGGCGUCAUCAACAAUAUUUUGAAGAAACAAUGCCGCGGAACUGACGCAGAGUACGUCGAGACAAUGAAUGAUAUAUGCUUUGAAAUGUACAAGUUCUACGGAGAGUUACAGGCAUACAAAAAGUACUAUCCAGAAUUAUACAGCUUGGAAGAUCGGGAAAUACGUAUGGGUAAUAGAGAAGCAUUAACGUUAUACAAUAAUCUAAUUACUUACUAUAUGAAGAUCUCCGCCCCCGAGGGUAUAUUUACAGUUGCUAAUUAUUCUAACGCUGUUAUAGAAGGUAAAUUAACGGACGAUUUUCCAGAAUACCCUAUAUUGAAGUUCUGUCAGAGAUAUCUCGCUAUUAUUGAUGAGUACAUCUCGAUAGGCAUAAACAGAAGUAACUUAGAUGACGAAACAGCUUGUCAUAUGUUCCAACUUCUGAGUUGGAGAGAGAGGUUCUUUAGGACGGCUCACGAACAGAUCUUUGCAGAGAACAACGAAGCUAGUCGGCGCAAAGUGUUAAGAGAUGAUAUUGUUCCUCUUCUGUACGCACAUAGUAAGUGGCUGCAGAAACAUUUGAUGCUCCCUUUACUAAAAUUGACCGGUCGUGAAAAUGUGCUCAGACGAUUCAAUGAAUCUUCAGCGGUAAUUGCAAUGUCUAUUGAAGAAGAUAAUACAGAGUACACAAAGUUGAGUAAGAAACUCCGCAAAUCAUACGGCCAGCCAAAGUUAUUGGAUAACCAGACAGAAUAUGACGCUUGUAUUGAAAGAUCUAGGAUCUACAAUAAAAUAUCUUUAGACCUCAAUCAGCCAAUUUCAAAACAACUGCAUAGACUCUCAGCAGAGAACUAUGCUGUAACAGAUAUGACAUUGGCUUUAGAUGUGCCGGACGGCGAAAAGCUAAAAGCAAUCCAGAAUAAUCUUGACCAAGUUGAAAGUAAGGUCAUUGAGAAACCAGGACCUCACGUCAAGAUCCUUCCAAUCAUCUCCUAUGUGGUUCAAAGGGUCCUGACCAUCCUACAACGAGAUUUCCUCAACGUUUUGACGGAAGUAGCAAAGAAUGAAGAUAUAGUGACUGUUAGUAUUGAGACUUCGGAAGUGCUAGCCAGUUUGGUGACCUUGGGCAAGGUGACCAAAGGGUUCCCACAAGCUUUGUUGAAUCUAAUGGAAGUGUUGUUGAAGCUUCAGAAUGAUGAUGGCAGUGUGCUUUGUGAGAGAAUAUCAUCACUGCCUAUAAAAUUCUGGGACGAGUAUUACAAGGCCGUGGUCUAUUCACCUGCCUUCUAUCCCUCCCCGUUCCUCGCUCCUUACGACCCUAGCAGUUCAGAUGAUGUAGUGGAAGAGAUACCGGUGAAUAGCAAGAGAUUGUCCAAUAACCUCCCUCUGCUUCCUUAUUAUCUGCAGAAGUUUACCGUGUCUUCUGAUAAUGCUGAAUCGCGUCACUUGCUGGCGUAUGAAGCGGUGGCGAUGGAGGAUAGAACUAAGUACUCAAUGCAACUGGGAACUGUGUUGAAUGUCCUAUGGAAGAAUAUCGCCACACUGGAUUGUGCAGUAUCAAUCAAGUUGAUAUCAGAUGCAAAAUUCGAAAUGAAGAAAUACGAGCAACUCAUAAACUUCUUAUAUUCAGCUUUAGAUCUCAAGAACGAAACGAAAACGUUCGAGGAGAGACGUUUCAACGUCACCGAAAACGUUCGAGCGCGGUAUAGACAAACCAACUUCGACGACAUUCUAAUCGAGGCGAACAUAGCUUACGAUGGACUUUUAACCUUAUUGAACAAGAAUACAGAUGAAUUACGAAUGAAAAUGGUCACAACACAGUUAUCAGUGCAUACUAGUGUGUUAAUAACUAAGAUUUUGUCGGAGAUCGUUCCGAUGGAUCGUGUGGCUAAAUACAGACUUAAAGUCAAAUAUAUAGAUGAAGAUAUCAAAAUGUUUGAUGCCUUGCUAAGCGUAUAUUACUUCCAUGGUAUAGUGACAGGUUCUAUUGACUACUACGGCGGUAUCGAUAGACCAUCCCAAGUUACGUUUAACAAGUUAAGCAAAGAAAGCGGUUUGUUAAAAGUCCACCCACAUUGCCGCACUAUUAUGGAGCUGAGACAAAGGACUAUUGAUAAAGUCGCCAAGUAUAAGCUUGGGAACACAUUCAGACCUGAAGAGCCGAGUUAUAUUAGUUUUGCCAAUGACUGCAAGCACUUCACAAAAUCAGUUCUCUCAUCGAAAACGACACAAGAUAUUACUACCAAUCUCAUAAACGCGAGCAAAGAACUAUACGGAAUCAUAGUUACCAACAGCACGAACAAAACAGUGCUACAAACAGCACAGAGAGUGGUCAAAGAAACUUCUUCGUGGCUGUAUUCUGUGAACGCAUUUUAUAAGAAAAUUGAGACUUAUUCUGAAGCAAUGCCUGACUUAGCAAAACCUCUCCAAAGUUCCAUAUCCCAACUUGUUUUCAGUAUAACCUCCUUGAACGAUUUGACCAAGGAGUUGAUAGUCAAGAUUGAACAAGGUUCUUUAUUAAAGGAGGCUGUACAUGAUUUGAUGGUGUUCCCCAAUGACAUUCCUAAUAGUAGCGGUAGAGAGGCGCAUUUGAACAGGUUUUUGUCUAUGAAAUUUAGUCAGUUGUUGGCUAGAAAUGUCAUGGGUGGCAGCGAAGAGACUUAUCCUGCUGAAGUGGAGGUGGUUCAGGUGUUAAAAAUGAACCUACUAGAGAUACGCAUGCACUGCACGGCACUAGACAAGAUCGACAGACCGUCUAUGGAGGCUAUACUGACUACUCUCAACGCUCUUGUAAAGGCUUGGGAGCAACAACAGAAAGAAAUCGAGAAGAAAAAACAGGAUGAUGAAGCAUUAUAUGUUACUAAAUCGAAAUGUGAAGACGAAGAUGAAGAAGCGAUGGCCUUAGAAGAAAUGAUGGAGAUGUUCCCAUCGUACUCAGACCAAGACUUUGCAGAAUUCAAACCACCAACCCUAGAACAAGUACCAAUAAAGACCCCAAAAACAGAAAAACCGAAACAGAAAUUCCUAAUAUCACCUGAAGAUAUUACUCUAGUAUACAAAUGGCAUUCCAAUUUAGUUCGUAACAUGACGUCAGCGGACUGGUUACCCGACCGAAAGAAGUUGGUCGGUAAUGAUGUUGUUAGUCCGUUCUUGGAGAGGUAUCCUACAUUUAGCAGGCUUAUAGAUAACGCGUGGGAGGCUUUGGACGCGGAGUUUGAAGGGAAGAUCUCGCCGAGUCUGAUGGUCCUUAUUGCUCAGAUUAAGGAUAAAGUUGAUGGGGAAGAGUCGUCAAGCAAGGUAGACUUCUACAGAUCCGCCUGGGUCUCGGAAACCAAGCAGUGUGUGCCGCUACUUCAUCGAGUGAAAGAGAACACCAAUGAAUUGCUUGAUCAGUGGCCAGACUUCCCCACCUUGAAGGAGAUAAUAGUAAUAGUAAACAGGAUCCUAAGUUUCCCGGUAACCAGUCCGGUGAGUCGGUUCCUAACGGGACUAGAGUUGCUCCGGGAUAAAAUAGAGGAGUGGAACAAAAACGCCCAUAAAGGAAACAAUAUGAUCGAAGUGUCUCUGGCUGUCGGACAACAGAUUAUAAAUUGGAGGAAACUAGAGAUGGCGCACUGGAAGGAGUGUCUUAAUAAUCUGUAUAAUAGGAAACAAUCCGAAGCACAUAAGUACUGGUUCUACCUGUACUCCGUCAUCAGUUCAUAUCUAGACACGACAACGGAUCCCGUACCGGCUGAUAGAGUCAUAACGGUGCUCAAAGACUUCAUGGAAAAAUCGAACUUAGCUGAGUACGAAAUAAGGUUGGAUAUCAUAUUCGUGUACCAUUGUCACUUGGUGCAUUUAGAAGCUUCGGAGAGGAGAGAUGAACUCCUAGCCAUCCUAUGGAACACAUAUAAUUACUAUGCGCAAUUUAGCGCUCAAGUCGCCGCCCAUAUUAAAGAGAAGCGCGCACCCAUUGAGAAGAAAUUGCGCGACUUUGUGAAGAUUUGCACUUGGGAUAGAGAUCUUAGCUACUGGAGUGUCAAGGACACUGUCGAAAAGGCACAUAAAGCGCUUCAUAAACAUACUAAGGAGUUUGAGAACGUUCUAAAAGAAAGUGUAACAAGCUGUAUAGUGGACAACUCAACGGAAGUGAUAGGCGACCAUGUGGGUAUAUGGGACCGACCGAAACGAACCACGACGGCUAACGCACCCACAGGCGGCGCGUACAUGAUCGACGUGCAGAAUUAUAUGCUCGUCUGCAGAAAUAUUAAGCCUUUGCAGCGAUAUAUAUCUUUACUGGACGAGCCUUGCAAGUUGAUAGCAGACGGAAGCUUAUUGUUAAGGAUUGCCAGUUUAUUGGACAAAACUAGAGCUCUAUGUAAGGAUACUAUUACGAAUACUGGGUACCCAUCCCUGGUGCAGGCUUUGGAUGAUUUUGUAACCAUUGUUAUUGAGACCAGCCAGCAUCUUGGGUCUUUGGAGGUGGACGCCUCACUACCAAAAGAAAAACAAACAUCUCAAGCUAAGAACUUCAUACAGCAAAAGCGUAAAGCGUUAGCUGAUUUAUUCAAAUACUUGACGAAACUCGGUCUUAAUUACCGUACCGGGUUAGUCAUAAUAGCGUCGGGUAAAGAACUAUACGAUUUCACUAUACCUCCCGUCGAUUUGGAACCUGCUGUUGGUCAUCUGAAGAGCCGACGAUGCGACACCACUUUGUCUCUGCUAUGGUCUGGUUGUGAGAAAUACUUCCAGAAGAACAUCGCCCGACACAGGACCCUCACUCUAGCACUGCAGUCUCCUCACCAGGACUUAGGCAUGCAGAACAUCGAAAGAUUGAAAGGAUUUGCUGCGCAAUUGUUGAAAAUAACGAACACACAAAAGAAAUCCAUAUCAAAAUAUUCUCGUUACCUCUGUGACCUUCGCAACCUUUCUACAAACUUAAUUGACGCUCUCGACUUUGACGAUACAGAAACAAACGUAUCUUCCCUAAGAUCAAAAAUAGAACUACUCGUAGAAUGCUACGCCAACACUGGCAUUGUUCUAGAACAAUUCAAUGCCGUACUCAAAUCUUGUCCAGAAAAAGGCUUAGAUUCAGAAAACGAACCAGAAUUUGACAGCGUCCUUUCUGAUUCCAAAAUAGUUCGUUGUUACAAAAACACGGACGAAUGGCGCGAUCUAAACAAGAGAAUUAAAGCCCUAAUUACAAACGUCAAUAAACAAAAGAACACGCUACAUAAAAUAUCGAAUGACAUGCCUAAAGAAAGGCAAGGUAAAGAGAAUCCUUUGGCGUCCCAAACUCAUGCUAACGUUGCAAAUGACUGUAAAGUCAACAUAGAAAAUAUGAUCAACGACAUUGAUAGUUUGUUACAAGACUAUCAGUUCAAAUUUAAACUAUCUACUUUCGAGCAUACACCAAGCCAUCCUUUACUCAAGAGUAUAAACAAACUAGUAACUUACCUGAAGCAAACAGUUCGCGAACUGGUCAAAUUGGACAAACGCGUUACACCAAAAUCGACAAAGGUUACUACCAACCAACUUGUUACUCAAACAGAAGACUUGGUAGCUACGAUGCUUCUGAUCGUUCAAUCUGUGUACAAGAAACAUCUACCAGCAGACACGACAGAAAACGCUGAAGUAAUAAACGCUAUAGACGAAAUUAUAAAGAGCGAUAAAGAAGAACCUAAAGACAUAGUUGAAGACAAACAUUUGAAGGAACAUUUGCAGGACAAGCUUAGUAACGAUACUAGAAUGCUCCAACUAGAAUCUCUUAUAAAUAAAACUCAGUUGUUGUAUUCCAACUAUGUGGAACAUCUGGCCAUUAAUAAUGUUGAUGAAGAAGUCAGGACUGCGGUGAUGAGGGCGGUGCCAAUAUUGGAACAAACUGUGCUGUUUGUCCAAUACUUUGUGACGCAAAAAGUGUCUGUGCAUAGAGUAUCGUGCAAGAUGCUGUCUGUGUUGUUGAAGAUCUUCUCGGAUUUGGCUUCAAAAGGUUUUUGCAAGCCUUCGGACUUAGAUAUGGAUGAGGCCGAGGGUGAAGGUGGUUCUGGGAAGUUUUCAGGCGGUAUGGGGCUAGGGGAAGGAGAGGGGCAGAAAGAUGUGUCAGAGAGAAUUGAGAAUCAGGACCAGUUAGACGACGCUCGUCAACCGGGAGAAGAGAAAAAAGAAGACAACAGAGAUUGUAAAGAAGAAGAGAAGGGAGUUAAUAUGACUGAUGACUUUGACUCUCAUCUGCAAGAUGUUGAUAAAAAAGAUGGAGAACAAUCAGACCAAGAGGAUGACGAAGACGAUGCUGAUAAACAAAUGGGUGACAUUGAUAACGCUGCUGACAAACUUGACCAACAAAUCUGGGGUUCAGAAGACGAAGAAGAAUUAGAUGAAGAAGAACAAGGAAAACAGAAGGAUAAAGAAGAAAAGGGUAAAGGAGAAAGUACGGGAGAGAAAGAGAUGUCAGCUAAAGAUGAUCAGGAACAAGGUGCUGAUGAUGGAGCCGAUGGUAAAGAUAAAAAGAAGAAGAAAGAUAUCAAUGAAAUGGAAGAACCAGAGUUGGAUGAUGAUCAGACGGAUCCCUACCAUGGUAACCAGCAGCCUCUCCCAGAACCGGAGGACUUUGAGCUGCCUGAGAACAUGGAUGUCGACGGUGAUGAUCCUGGCGAUGAUGAACAGGAUGGAGAAACAGAAACAGAGAAUCCAUUCGACAUUGAUGUCAUGAAGGAGAAUAUACCGGAGGAGCCUGAAAAAGAGGAUGAUAAAGGUGAAGACGGCAAGGACACUAACAAUGGACUAGACGUGUCUGAUGAUGAGGAAGAUGGGGGAGACCAGGGAGGUGAUGACGAAGGAAAUGAUGAUAAGGAAAAAGACAAAGAAGAAGAUGACAGCGAAAAACCAAGUCCAGAAGACACACCACAAGAGAACGAAGAAGAGAAAGAAGGUGGUCAAGAAGUGGAUCAAGAAACAGCACCAGAAGAAACAGAAACACCAGAAGUACCAGAAAACGAAGAAAAGGACUUACCAAAGAAUCCUGAGAAGAUAGAAGAAGAGGAUGAAGUAGAACAGAAGAAUCAAGAAGCUAAUCCUCAAGCUAAUCCGUCGAAUAAUGACCCAACUGCAGAAGAUAAGGCUGAGAAUGCUCAAAUGGAGAAAGGAACAGAUGAUAACGUGGAAACUAAUGCUGAACAGAACAAGGAGGAUGAAUCUAGUCCUUAUGAACAAGUACAAGAUAAAAAUACUGAAGAGAAACAGUCGACUGGUCGUUCAGAACUAGACAAGAGUGACAAAGGACAUCGCGGGGAGAAGCAGGCAGCGAGCCACACUGACCGCGCCGAGGAACAACGCAAGAAACACGAGAACAAGCCUGGCAAGACUGACCAGGAACGGACGCUUGGUGACGUCAAUGAAAAGAAACACAAGCAAGCUAAAACUCUCAACGUGGAACGUGAAGACGCUGACGAAGGUGGCGCCAACGACGAGGAUGCGGAGAAACAAGCAGACGCCUACCAACACGUGAAGCAAGCCAACAAGGAUGAUUUGCAGGCGAUAGACGCUGCGACUAAAGAACAAGCAGACGAGCAGCCAAUGUUAGUAGACGAGGAAGAGAACGCUGAGCCUCUGAAGGAAGACGAAGAAGUUCCUAUGGAUAUUGAUGAAGAGGAACUACAGGUGGAGAAAGCAGAGGAAUUGAAGCCGGAGAAAAUGAAAGAAGGAAAUAAAGAGAAGGAACAAGAUAAGAGUGGAAGUAAGAAUGAAGAAGGGGAGGAGCCUACCGGGGAGACCGGGGUGGAGGUGGAGGGAGAAGUCGUUGUUACUGCACACGUGCCCAGAGGGACUGAUACUACUUAUCAUACUAGGUUAAACGAAAGCCACAGCUACGCGGACGAUUUAUCUGUGGACGAGUAUAUGAGCAUCCGUCAGUGGCUGGCCAGCGGUCCCUCGCGGUCUCAGGGAACCGUGCCAGUGUGGCGGUCCUUGUGGAGAGACUCUUCGGCCGCCGCCAGGGCUCUGUGUGAGAGACUGAGACUGGUGCUUGAGCCUACUGGCAGGUCGAGGAAAGCUGGUGACUUCAGAACAGGUCGCUCAAUCAACAUGCGUCGUGUGAUCCCGUACAUAGCGUCCCACUUCAGAAAGGACCGCAUUUGGCUCCGUCGCACUAAACCAGCUAAACGUGAAUACAAGAUCGCUAUAGCCGUGGACGAUUCCAGCUCCAUGUCCGAUAAUAGGAGCAAGGAACUCGCUUUUGAAAGUCUUGCUCUUGUCUCACAGGCGUUGAACCUCCUCGAAUCCGGUGACUUAGCCGUCCUGAGUUUCGGUGAAAAACCGAACCUACUCCAUCCAUUUACGGAGCAAUUUUCCGAACAUUCCGGUUCGAAGAUUCUAGAACAGUUGCGCUUUGAACAAACUAAGACUAAGAUCGCACAAUUGCUUGAUUUCUGCACCGUUAUGUUUGAGGAGCAAACGAUGAAGAGCGAUGCUGUUAAUGCCAAGUUGUUGGUCAUCGUCAGCGAUGGUCGGGGAAUAUUCUCUGAGGGAGAAACCAGGGUGAUGCAGGCAGUACGUCGGGCCAGGCAGCAAGGAAUAUUCUUGGUAUACGUCAUCAUCGAUAAUCCUGAUAAUAAGGACUCCAUAAUGGACAUCAGACGGCCGUUACUGGACCCAACAACGAACGCUCUUACCGGCUUCGUCUCGUACUUGGACACAUUCCCGUUCCCAUUCUAUUUGAUACUUCGCGAUAUGUCAGCGUUACCAACAGUACUGGGCGACGCCCUCCGGCAAUGGUUUGAAUUGGCCGCUAAUACCGCAAAUUAAACUAGUAUUAAGUUAGAUAAUAUAAUCGUCAUAAUUAUCAACAUUAUCCCAUGAGAGUCUACUGUUAGACUAUGGCUCUAUAGAAGACGAGCUAGUCAUUAUCUUCGUCGCGGAGAACCUAACGGGUUACCGAGGCUCCGGCUCGAAGUGCAGGAGAAGGAAUGGGGUGGGUUUUAGUC